AUGGAGAACCCUGCUGAUAUCGCGUCACGUGGUGUUAAUCCAUCUGAAUUAAAAGAAAAACAAACCUGGUGGAAGGGUCCCACUUGGUUAAGCCAAGAAAUUUCACAGAAGUCAAUGACAACAAUACCUGAAACAAAGUUAGAAGAAAGAAAACAACAUACAAAGGUUUUCAUAUGUGAAAAAGAUGAACCGAUCUGGAACAGAUUUUCAACACUUACCAGAAUGAUUCGGGUACUCAGCUAUUGUCGUCGUUUACUGCACCUGAAAACAAAAAAAGAUAUUAGAAUGAAAUUAAACACUUAUUUAACUAGUGAAGAGUUAAGAAUAACUUUAGAUACAUUAAUAAAAAUGGUACAACAAGAAGAAUUUUUAGAAGAAAUUAAUGAUUUAAAACAAAAUAGAAAAAUCAAAAAACGAAGUAAACUCUAUUUCUUAUCACCUUACCUUGAUACUGAUGGUCUUCUACGAGUAGGUGGAAGAAUACAAGCUUCUCAGUUAUCACAACAACACAAACAUCCAAUUAUUAUACCCAAUAAUACUCACCUUACAAUUUUAAUUAUACGAGAUGCUCACUUAAAAUUAUUACAUGGUGGUGUUGCCCUUACCAUAAAUUAUUUGAGAAGUCGCUACUGGAUUAUUAGUUUAAAACAAUUAGUAAAAAAAUGUUACCGAGAAUGCACAGUUUGUUUAAGAUAUAGAGGCAAGACAAUACAACCUAAGAUGGGUCAACUACCUGCCGUUCGCGUUCAACCAGGACGCGCCUUUAAGACCAGCGGAGUAGAUUUUGCUGGACCAAUACAAAUGAGAGCAUCCAAGGGUAGAGGCCAAAAAGCUUACAAGGGAUAUUUGUGUCUUUUUAUUUGCAUGAAAACAAAAGCAGUCCACAUUGAAGCUGUAAGUGACCUUACUUCACAGGGUUUUAUCGCUGCCUUUAGAAGAUUUGUGUCACGUCGAGGUCACUGUUCCGAUUUAUACAGUGACAAUGGCUUGAAUUUCGUUGGAGCUGCAAGAGAACUUACACAGAUAUUGAACCAAGCCAUGAUUGGCGUAUUACAAGAGGUUGCCGAAUUACUCAGUAAUGAUGGCACUACGUGGCAUUUUAUACCCCCGAGAGCACCAAAUUUCGGUGGGCUUUGGGAAGCAGGAAUUAAAAUACGUAAGACAAAUAUUAUUAAAAUAAUCGGCGAUUCAAAACUGACCUUCGAGGAAAUGACAACCUUGUUACAUCAAAUCGAAGCUUGUCUCAAUUCGCGACCUAUUUGUUUGCUCAACGAUUAUCCUGAUGAUCUUGCACCACUUACACCUGGACAUUUUCUUGUUGGUGAACCAUUAAUUAGCAUACCUGAGAAGAAUGAUGAGGAUGAAAAAUGUAUUAGUCCUUUGAAUAGAUGGAGAUUAACACAAAGAUUAAUGUUACAAUUCUGGCGCAGAUGGUCCAGAGAAUAUUUACACACCAUGCAACAACGUCAUAAAUGGCAAAAUUCGAACCAAAUUCCGGAGAUAGAUGAUGUCGUCAUUAUAAAGGAUGACUUGCCCCCAACUAAGUGGCUACUGGGGCGUAUAUUACACAAGCACACUGGUCCAGAUGGACAUGUGAGAGUUGUGACACUCAAAUGUAAAAAUUCAACGCUAAAACGCCCUAUUUCAAAACUUAUUCCGUUGCCAAAAUUCCAAUAA